UAUUCCAGGGCUGCCACAGAGAAUUCAUAUGAUAAAGUAGGGAAACACACUGGGUUACCAAGAAAAGAUUUCAGAUCAAUCAAUGCAAGUGAAACAAUAAAUCCAGAUAGCGAGAAGAUUUCUACUGGAGCUGUUCAUCUUAAGGGUGAUAGUCAGAGGAUGGAUGGCAACCAUGCUCAGUCGCCACUUUUUGUUGACAGUGUAAGCAUUGAAGGCCUACUUUCUGAAGCAUCUUUACAGGCUAAGUGCAAUAACAGUGAUGAAAAACAAAUUGGGAAAGAUGAAGGCUUUCAUCCCACUGAACUAAAGAGUGAUUCAAAAUCGUAUGCGUUGUGGGCUGAUUGUACAUCUAUAAGCAUUGGUGGCCUCCUCUCUGAAGCAUCCUUACAGGGAAAGCUCAACCGAAUUGAUGCACAAUCAACUGCGAGCAAUGCAGGCUUGCCACCAACUCAUCCAAUUUCUGAUUCACACCAAGGUUUUGUUGCCACCCGAAUAAAUAGCCCUCGAGGUCCAGGGCCAUCCACUCAUGACUCAUGCUUAUCUAUUUUGGAUGCUGAAGAAACUUGUCAUGCAUUUCCUUUUCAAAAGUUCUCUUCGUCGGGAAAGGAUGUUCUGGGAUUUGGUGGAAGUUGUGGAGGUUUCAGUCAGAAUGCUGGUUCCAAAGUAUUCAAGUUCCCUAAUGCAACCAAGGUUAACAGUGUGGCUGGGCUACCGCAAGACCGUGCCUGUCAAGAAUCGGAUACAAAUCUCGUGGCUAGUUCACGUGUGAACAACGACGAAAGAAGCCUUGGGCUGUCAGGCAUCAAAUGGACUGACUCCUUGGGACCCUUUGAUCUUGGCCUGCCUGUCUCCCAGAAGCUCAUCACUGGAGAGAGUACAAGCAUCAGUGGAUUUGUUAAGUAACAAGUUAGUUGGAGACAAAGUUCCUUCUUCCUGAACAUCAGAACAUAUUUUAAUAUCAAGUGAAUCAAUAAAUCAACUGGCUGCUGCUUGGAUGAAUUUUUUUUUAGCAUAUUAAUGAUUUGCAUAACUUUUUUUUCUUUUGGGGGUAAAAAAGACAGAAACAUACAUGUAGAUGCAAUACUAAUGCAGGUAUUCGUGCACCCAAAAAAAAAAAAAAAA